AACACCACACUUUCUCUGUCUAUUAAUACUCUUCUACUUACAGUAAUGGAAAUCCACAUAACUCACCUUAUAAAUGGAACCCAGCCCCAAUUCCACCACCCACUUCCAAAACUGAGAGAAAAAGAGCUCUCUCUCUCUUCACACCCUGCUUUCCAAGCUCAAAUUUGCCCCUUUUCAUGGAGAAUUUGAUGAGAAUUUUGAUUCUAAUUCUUCUUCUGUGUUUUGGGUUAGAGCAGGGGCAAGCAAAGAGCCUGAGAAAACUGCAACCACCUAAAAUUUUGAUCAAUUUCCCUGAAAAUGGUACAAAGAAUCAGUUGAUAGAAGACCAGUUCAUGAUGUGGGUUGAAUGGGUUGGGAGCCUUAAGCAUUCCCUUUUCGGGGCGGCCAUUAAUAAGAUCUUCCCUUCUUUCUAUCUCACUGUUGAUAAGAAUCCUGCAAAAGGAGAUUUCACAACCAUUCAAUCUGCAAUUGAUUCACUUCCUUUCAUCAAUUUGGUGAGGGUUGUGAUCAAGGUCAAUCCUGGAACCUACACCAGGGAGAAGGUGAUAAUCCCUGCAAUGAAGGCAUUUAUAACCAUAGAAGGAGCAGGGGCCGACAGAACAGAAGUGCAAUGGGGAGAUACUGCCCAAACAGUGGGCCCAACUGGUCAGCCAAUUGGAACUUUCAACUCUGCAACAUUUGCAGUCAAUUCACCUUAUUUCAUUGCCAAAAACAUAACUUUCAAGAAUACAACCCCUGUUCCAAAACCAGGAGCUUCAGGCAAACAGGCAGUUGCAUUCAGGAUAUCAGCAGAUACAGCUGCCUUUUUGGGGUGUAAAUUCUUGGGGGCUCAAGACACACUCUAUGAUCAUGUUGGUAGGCAUUACUACAAAGACUGCUACAUUGAAGGCUCUGUUGAUUUUAUAUUUGGCAAUGGCCUCUCCCUCUAUGAGGGAUGCCAUGUACAUGCCAUUGCAAACAAUUAUGGGGCUUUGACAGCCCAAAACAGGAUGAGUUUGCUUGAAGACACAGGGUUUUCAUUUGUGAAUUGUAAGGUGACAGGAUCUGGUGCUUUGUAUCUUGGAAGAGCAUGGGGGGCCUUUUCUAGAGUGGUGUUUGCCUACACAUACAUGGACAACAUUAUUAUCCCAAGGGGUUGGUACAAUUGGGGAGAUCCAAACAGGGAAAUGACUGUGUUUUAUGGGCAGUACAAAUGCGCAGGACCAGGGGCUAGCUUUGCUGGAAGAGUGUCAUGGUCAAGAGAGCUCACAGACGAGGAGGCUAAGCCUUUCAUCUCUCUAAGCUUCAUUGAUGGAUCUGAAUGGAUCAAAUUUCUAUAGUUACCAAAAAUAUGUAUGCCAAAUUUACGUGUAAUGAAAAAAGAAUAAAAUAAAUCAAAUUAAAUUUUA